GUAAAGUAAAUAAACUUCAAACAUAACCUAAGAUUUCAAAUUUAUAUUUUUCCUACGCUUUAAAAUGUAUUCCAGACCUAAACCAGGAGAAACCGAGGAGGAUUUGUUAAGAUUACAAAAAGAAUUUGAAAAGAAUAAGGCUCAAAAUAAAAUUAUACCAGCAGCGACCGUUGUUAGCGACAAAACUAAAGAAAAUAUACAACAUGAAAAAGAAUCUGAAUCUACUGAAGUCAUUGACAUCCAAGAACAGCUUGCAAAUACAUUUGAAGCAAUUCCAAGUAACAUUAAGUUAAAAGGUAUAGUGGAAAAUAAACCUGAAAAUAUACAAUGUGUUUUCAAAUUUAACAAAACAAGUGGAUUUCCAAAAGCGAAAAGACGCAAUGUAACAACUGAUACUGGUAAAGGGAGUCUCUUUUCCCAACAAAUGAAAAAGACAAAAAAAGAGGAAGUUUCAAUGGAAAUGGAUAGUAUUCCAAUUAUUGAAAGUAAUAUUACCAUUAAAGAACAUUGUGAACCUUCUUCUAGUGGUAUUAGCACCAGUAAUCAUAAACCCGAAAGUUUACCAAAUCAGAGUUAUAUUCUAACAGGAGAUGAUAGUCAACAAAUCCAUCAAGAAAAUGUACAUCGCUUGAAGAAUAUGACUGAAGAAGAAAUAAUAGAAGAAAGAGAAAAAUUAUUAUCAAUGAUGGAUCCAGCAAUUAUACAAUUUCUAAAGUCAAGGAGAAAAAAGGAACAUAUAGCAACUAGAAAUCCUCCAAUUAGUGAACAAAACAAAGCAGCAGAAAAGGUUAAAAUUGAGGAAAUUGAUACUACAUUUGAAAUUUUAACUCAGCCAAAAGCUGAUAAAUGGUUAAAUUUUGAUAUUGUUGAAACAAAUAAAUUAGCUUGGAUGAAAAAUAUUGAUAUACCAAAAAUAAAAAGUGAGAAAUUUGAGGCAAGGUUUGAUUUUGAAGGCUGGAUAUUACCUUAUUCACAAUCAGAAAUUACUGAAAAGAAUAGAGCUUUGUACCAUCAUGGAGAAGAACCUGGUAGACCUGGUUACACCUUACAGGAACUUUUCCAACUUUCUAGAUCAAGUAUUAUCCAACAAAAAGUAUUAGCCCUAAAUACGAUAGCUAACAUUUUAUCUUUGAAUUCCACAGGUGUUUAUGAUGAAAUUAUAGAUGUGCCCAUAGAACAGAUAUUUUUUGUAAUUCGCUUUUGUCUAGAUGAUAAUACACCAUCAAUUUUAAAUGCUAGUAUCAGAGCUAUGCGAAAUCUAAUUUACUCCCAAGUAGAUGAAACUUGCUUGGACAGUCUCUUAGGCUUUGGCUUGGGACUUAUUCAGCCUGUUUUGGCUAUUGAUAAUGAGAUGGAAGAUGAUAACACCGUUAAUGACCAACAACUAGCAGAAAAGGACAUAGUUAAAUGUUUGGCAAGGACAGAUAUACUAACUAGAAUAAGGUAUAUUAUAAAUACAGUUCAACCCCCACUGGAAUCAAUAGUUUAUUGUAUGGAUAUUUUAAUAAGACUCAGUAGAGAUUCAGAAUUUAUAUUGCAGAAGAUCAUGGACUGUGAAGGCCUCAUCGACAAUGUAGUAAAACAUUUUAUCCCUAAAGUUUUUGGAAAAGGUACUUCCUCUUCACCAUAUGGUUUGCCAUUACUUCAGGCAAUUAAAUUAUUAAGGGUAUUGUCAUCUAGAAGUAAAAAUAUAGCAAUUAAAUUUAUAACGAAGUACAGAAUUUUGGAUUCUAUAAUUUUGUAUCUUUCAAAUGAUACAUUUUCUUUGAAUGUUAAUGGAUUGAAACUUCAAACAGAGUGCAUGCAUUUUUGGAAUUUGUUAGUUUAUUAUGGAUUAACAUUGGACUAUUUCAGUAUUUUGCAGCCCACUUUGCUCAAUUUACUGGAUUAUCACUAUAGAAAUACAAAUCUCGAAAUGACAACAACUUAUAUACGAUUAGGUCAUGUAUCAGCCUUGUUGAUAUUACUGUCUAACGUUGCAAGACAAAACUAUCCUCUUAUUGCACCAUUUCUAACACUAUUUGAUUUAUGUUUGUGCAAAUGGAGUGCUCAAUUCUGUAAUUUAAAGGAGUAUAUGUGUGGAAAACUGCAGCUCAUAGCAUCUUUAGCACAUUGUAUGACUGCUAUAAUACAAUACAUGAAGAUUGAAAAUGUGGACAACAGGUUUAUACAAGUUAUAAAUUCUGAAGGCUUCAAAGUUGUAACUAGUAAUAUCAAGAGUGGUUCGAUGCUUUUAAACAAUUAUGAAACCCACAAAUCGAGCAGCAAUUUGAAAACUUUGGAUGUAGCGGCUUGGCAUACCAUGGACCACGUUGUACCUUUAAUACAAACCAACAGUUGUAUACCUUUUCUCUAUUCGAUGUCUUUGUAUGUAAAUACUACGAAUAAUAAAAAGGUGAAAACGACAUUUUUAAAUCAUCCAAACAUUCGAAAUUACCUAAUUUCAUUACAAAAACUAGAAAAAUAUUACCUAACAAGUCAUUGGUUCGCUAGACCAGAGGCAAUGUUCUUAAUGAAUAUUUUGAAGUCUUCGGUGGUGAUUAAAAACGAAUUGGAUACUUCUAUUUUUUACGAUUUGGCAGUAAAAUGUUUGUGCGUUUUUAAUUCCGAACAGAGGAAUGAUAUUAGGUUCAUUCUAGCGAACAUCAUAUUUUGUUCGAAAUUUUAUCCAAGUGAAGUGCUUAUGAAACAUUUAGAUAUUAGUCUAAGAAAUGUCAGUUUGGAGAUUUCAUUAAAUAAUCUAAAUGAAAUUUUAAAGGUGUACACCCAGAUAUUAGGAUUGCAACAAGGUUCGCCAGAUUUUUCUAGAUCGUGUUGUUUGAACAUAAGUGUGGGGAACGUUAUCCCAAUGGACUGGAUCUACACACCAAUACUGGUAUUAUACUCAAACCAACAACAGAAUAAAAAGGAACAAGAUGAACAAGAGCAAGUUUUUGUUAUAAGUAACUGUCUUCGUUGGAUUUUAAUCUAUGAAACUUAUUUUCCUUUUUUGGCAUCAAGAAUAAAUCCUACCGACAAAUUUUGUAGGCUUGCUUGUGUGUUUUUAGGUAGCGACAAUUUAUUUUUAAUUCCAGAAAUUCACGAUUUAUUGGAACUUUGUUUGAAGAAUGUUCUCAAGUACGAAAGAGAGUUAAACUUUGAUAACGAAAUACAAGGUUUAAGUAAUUUUCAAGAUUUCUACACCCAGUUAUUAGAACAAUAUCAAGGAGUUAGUUAUGGUGAUGUUUUGUUUGGAAAUAUAAUUGUUGUACCUUUAGCACAAAAACAUAAUCUGCAAUUUAGGAAAACACUUUGGUCGGAAUAUAUGGGUGUUGUUCAGGUGUUUAACAUGACUCCAGAACAAUAUAAUGGUAAUAUUGAUUUACUCUUGGAACCUCAAGAGGAUGACAUGUCUCUAUUAAAGUGCUACAGAAGAGCUAUAGUUAGUAACAUGGUUAGAAAACAUACUAUACUAUUCAAAAUUGCAAAUCAUCAUGUAGAAAGUUUUAUUAAAAGAAAAAGAACGGAAUAAAAUAUAUUUGAAAUA